AAAUUAAAUUAGAAAAAUAAUAAGAGGAGAGACGGUGAGAACCUCGCCUCCUCAAACAGCGAGUGAGGUCGGGAAAAGAAGAGUGAACACGACGGAGACAGCGCGGAGGAGAAGAGGCUGUGGAGUAAAAGAGAGAGAAAACGAGAGCGCGCGCGAGGAGUGCUUCAAAUUAUAAAGUGUCAUUCCCGCGUAGGUUUCGACAUGUCAUCGUCCGGUAAAGACAACAGCGGUGCCCAACACGCUAAUUAUGUGGGACCUUACCGUUUGGAGAAGACGCUGGGCAAAGGACAGACAGGGUUGGUCAAGCUUGGAGUCCACUGUGUGACGUGCCAGAAAGUUGCCAUAAAGAUUGUCAACCGUGAAAAACUCAGUGAAUCAGUAUUAAUGAAGGUGGAGCGAGAAAUAGCAAUUCUGAAGCUCAUAGAACACCCACAUGUUUUAAAGCUACACGAUGUCUACGAAAAUAAAAAAUACUUGUACCUUGUGUUAGAACAUGUGUCUGGUGGUGAGCUCUUUGACUACUUGGUGAAGAAAGGCAGGUUAACACCCAAAGAGGCCAGAAAAUUCUUCAGACAGAUCAUGUCAGCCCUGGACUUCUGCCACAGUCAUUCCAUAUGCCACAGGGAUCUGAAGCCAGAGAACCUGUUGUUAGAUGAAAAGAACAACAUCAGGAUAGCAGACUUUGGCAUGGCCUCUCUUCAGGUUGGGGACAGUCUGCUGGAAACCAGCUGUGGAUCUCCACACUAUGCCUGCCCAGAGGUCAUCAGGGGAGAAAAGUAUGACGGCAGGAAAGCAGACGUCUGGAGCUGUGGGGUCAUCCUCUUUGCCCUGCUGGUGGGUGCCCUUCCAUUUGAUGACGACAACCUGAGGAACCUGCUGGAGAAGGUGAAAUUGGGAGUGUUUCACAUGCCCCACUUCAUCCCUCCAGACUGUCAGAACCUUCUCCGUGGUAUGAUUGAAGUGGAUGCUACCAAAAGGAUAGCAUUAGAACAGAUCCAGAAGCACACGUGGUACAUAGGUGGUAAAAAUGAGCCAGAACCAGAGCAGCCUGUGCCAAGAAAGGUGACCAUCCGCAGUCUGCCGUCUGCAGAUGACAUCGACCCAGACGUACUGGACAGUAUGCACUCCCUUGGCUGCUUCAGAGACAAGAACAAACUGCUGAAAGAUCUGCUCUCAGAUGAUGAAAACCAGGAAAAGAUGAUCUACUUCUUGUUACUGGAUCGUAAGGAACGAUAUCCCAGUCAAGAAGACCAGAACCUUCCACCUCGUAAUGAGAUUGACCCUCCCAGGAAGCGAGUGGACUCUCCUAUGUUGAAUCGUCAUGGUAAGAGGAGACCAGAGCGGAAGUCCAUGGAGGUCCUCAGCGUCACAGAUGGAGGAUCACCUGUUCCAGCCAGGAGAGCCAUUGACAUGACGCAGCACGGACAGAGGUCACGGUCUAUCAGUGGCGCCUCAUCUGGUAUGUCUACCAGCCCCCUCAGCAGCCCACGGGUUACACCCCACCCCUCCCCUCGAGGCAGUCCCCUCCCCACCCCCAAGGGCACCCCAGUACACACUCCCAAGGACAGCCCGGCUGGCACCCCAACCCCAACACCACCUCCCAGCCCCUCCAUUGGUGGUAUGCCAUGGAGAACGCGGCUCAACACCAUCAAGAACAGCUUCUUGGGUUCACCACGUUUCCACCGCAGGAAACUCCAAGUUCCCACACAAGAGGAGAUGUCGAGCCUCACACCAGAGUCUUCCCCAGAACUUGCCAAAAAAUCUUGGUUUGGUAACUUCAUCAGUCUGGAAAAAGAGGAGCAGAUCUUCAUUGUCAUCAAAGACAAGCCUCUCAGCUCCAAGGCAGACAUUGUUCAAGCCUUUCUCUCGAUACCCAGUCUGAGCCACAGUGUGAUCUCGCAAACUAGUUUUCGAGCAGAAUACAAGUCCACAGCCGGUCCCACAGUCUUCCAGAAGCCGGUCAAAUUCCAAGUGGACAUCACUUACACGGAGACCACAGCUGCGACCAAGGAGAAUGGCAUAUACUCUGUCACAUUCACCCUACUCUCAGGACCCAGCCGACGUUUCAAACGAGUAGUGGAGACGAUUCAGAGCCAGUUGUUAAGCACACAUGACCAGCCUGGAGUCCAACAGCUGUCUGACGAGAAGAAUGGACAGGUGCCCUACCCUCUGCCACGCUCUCCAGGCACUGCGCCUCACCCAUGCACAUCAGGAGGCACGAGCCAGAAAUUAAUGACACCAAAUUCCCCGCGGCGGCCCAUGACAGAGCCAAGCUGUCGGUGGUGUCUGUUGGGACACACGAGGACUUGUAGAACGAGACACUUUCUGUAGUCAAGCCAGUGCUAAAACCAACCCCAGUAUCAGUGAGAAAGAUUGUGUCUGUACAUAACGAGAUGUACAUAAUUGUUUGUUUGUUUUUGUAUAAAAUGUCUUUAUAUACAUAGAAAUAUAUUGAAAGAAUCAGCGAUAUUUUACGCACAUCAAACACUUCCACUCCCCUCCGUCUCAUCACCCCUCCGUGUCCACCAUCAUCACCCGCCCUCUGUCACGCCCACCCCAUCUCCUUUGGGCGUUGCCCUGUUUGUGCUCCCUUGCUGCUAACCUGUGUGAUGACCUGACUUGUUUCUGAUACCAGGAAUUAUCCAGAAAACCUAUUAAGCCCCUCCCUCUGCUCCGUACGCCCUCCUCCCUCGACUGCCCUCCACCUCCCGAGUGCGUCGAGAGAGAUGGACAUUAGUUUGGCGGAUGACUGCUCUGAAAGGUGCGGGGGCCGGUUACCGUGGAAACAGACCCUUGAUGCAGACUUCGCCUCCCUUGGCACACCUUCUGGCAACCAUCACUAGAAGUAGAUAAAAAAUAACUUUAGUGCUCCCUGUCACCAACCUACAUGCACAGGUGUGCACGUCUCACACCUACACCCCCCCCCCCCACUCCUGUCUUUACUUUCUCUCUUGUAGCCCACAUUUUUUAGAAACAAAGCUCUCUCUCACUCUCUCUCUCUCUCUCUCACACACACACACACACACACACACACACACACACACACACACACACACACACACACACACACACACACACAGGUACAGUAUGCACAGAAACCUCUGGGAUGUCUUCAGAAAAAAACGUGGGAGACACGAUGACUGAAUGAGGGGAGGAGUUUUGUGGAACCUGCAGAGACUUGCCUGAUUGUAUUGUUUGCUUUUAAUGUACUUUCUUUGUGAAGAAGUGGGUUUAAAAUAUUGACUUUAUUAGUCUUCUAUUUGCUGCAAAUGGACUGGACAUGUGAUUUCAGACAGGAUGGGUGGGGUUGGGUGGGCGGGGUUAUUUAAAUGAAUUAUCUAUACUCUUGUACAGACUGAUACCAUUUCUUAUGUAAAGAAAAACAAAACAAAACACAGUAAUGUUUAGUUGUGACACUGUUUAGAAACCACCAGGUCAGGUUAGAAAGAAAAGAACCUGCACCUGCUGUUAUUUUAAAUUCCAACAUGUAUUUUUACUACAUGAUGAUGUCUUUGUUUUGAUUGUACUAAUAAUGAUCUGAACAUCUGUUAAACUGGUCCUUUUUGAUUUUCCAUUUUUACCUCUCGCUCCGUCUCAAUUACCAGCAGUAAAAAGUAGAGAAAACAAAAAACUAACACAAUGAAUGCAACUGUGGAUAUUUUUGUAUUUUUGUCCUUAUUUAUUCAUGUCUGUUCAUCUCUGUUUAAAAGUCCUAAUUUAUUAUAAAUUUACUAUUUAUAUGAACAAAGCAGUUAAGUCAGUUUAAUGUUAUUUAUUACCCUGCUGUGUGUUUGUAAAUGAGGCAACGUUUGAAGAAUGUUUUUUUGUUUUUUUUUUGGUCUGACUUCAACAGAAUUUACGUGAACUCUGAAAUGUCACUAAUUCUCCUUCUUCUGACCGCUGAGGGAGCGAGAGCUAUUGUCCAGUUGAAGAGGAAGAAGACAGAGAAAAAAAUUCAAAAGUCAUUUAAGAAUGUAGACGUAGCCUCCUUUGGAGGAGGAAUCUGCUCUUCUAUUGAUAUUUAUAUUGUGUGUAGGUCAGGCCUGAGGAGAACCAUUUGCAUCUUCUUUUUUGUAAAUAGACAAACGUGGGGGUUGACGGUCUUCCUGGCCGCUUCGGGGAUUCCUGCUCUAUGCUUUUAGCUUGUAUUGCUGUGUGCAUGUCCAACACAAGCUUUUCUUUGCAUGGCUUUUACUGUUUAAUGUUCCAUGCCAAACUCACUCCUCCUCUCAGCCUUCAUCACUAUGCUCUCCACAAACACCCCUUCUGUCCUUUAUUUACAUCACCGCCUCUAUUUUUCUGUUUGGGUUUUUUGUUUGUUUGUUUUUUUGCUCAUGCUGAUCUUUCCAUUCCUCCUCCUCUUUUCUUGUGCACAAACUUUUUGAAUGAUGCUUCCUCUACUACGCCCCCCUCCCUGGAAGGCUCAGAUGUCUGGGCUCUUUCCACCUGCAGGGGGCAAUAUUGGUACAAAAACACAAAGCAAUACCCUGUUGUUGACCCUCCUGUUUUCUAUGAUGGGACGCUGCUGCACUAAUGAUUUUGAGGCUCUGUGUGGCCUUCUGACAGAGCAGGAACUAACAGACUGACGUAAUCCCAUUUGACAUAACUGUGAGCAUAUUCAGUGCGGAAACAAAUAAAAUCAUUCAGUUAUA